CCGCAGCGCGCGCGGACAGCUAUAUAAUUUCGCGGGUGGGAGGCAAAGCAUCUAGUCGACCGCCAACUCUCCGCAAACUCACUUUUUAAUUAAUUUAUUUUAGGUUUAACUUAUUUAUUUCACCAAUUCCAAAAUGUGUGACGACGAAUUAGCCGCAUUGGUCGUUGACAAUGGCUCCGGUAUGUGCAAAGCCGGUUUCGCCGGUGAUGACGCACCCCGGGCUGUCUUCCCCUCCAUCGUUGGACGACCCCGAUACCAGGGUAUCAUGGUCGGUAUGGGUCAGAAGGACUCAUACGUAGGAGAUGAAGCUCAGUCAAAACGAGGUGUCCUCACGGUGAAAUACCCAAUUGAGCACGGAAUCGUAAGCAACUGGGAUGAUAUGGAGAAGAUCUGGCACCACACCUUCUACAACGAACUCAGGAUUGCUCCUGAAGAGCACCCCGUCCUCCUCACAGAAGCUCCCCUCAACCCCAAGGCCAACCGUGAAAAGAUGACUCAGAUCAUGUUUGAAACCUUCAACACACCCGCUAUGUACGUGGCCAUCCAAGCCGUUCUUUCCCUGUACGCUUCCGGAAGGACCACCGGUAUUGUCUUGGAUUCUGGAGACGGUGUCUCACACACAGUCCCCAUCUACGAAGGUUAUGCUUUACCUCACGCCAUUCUCAGGUUGGACUUGGCCGGUCGUGACCUGACCGACUACCUAAUGAAAAUCCUGACCGAGAGGGGAUACAGUUUCACCACCACCGCCGAGCGAGAAAUCGUCAGGGACAUCAAGGAAAAGUUAUGUUACGUCGCUCUCGAUUUCGAACAAGAAAUGGCCACCGCCGCCUCCUCAAGCUCCCUAGAAAAGUCCUACGAACUUCCUGAUGGACAGGUCAUCACAAUCGGAAACGAGCGAUUCCGUUGCCCAGAAGCCAUGUUCCAGCCCUCAUUCUUGGGCAUGGAAUCUUGCGGAAUCCACGAGACGACCUACAACUCCAUCAUGAAGUGCGACGUGGACAUCCGUAAGGACUUGUACGCCAACACCGUCCUCUCCGGAGGUACCACCAUGUACCCUGGAAUCGCUGACCGUAUGCAGAAGGAAAUCACCGCCCUGGCUCCGUCCACGAUGAAGAUCAAGAUCGUGGCUCCCCCCGAGAGGAAGUACUCCGUCUGGAUCGGAGGUUCCAUCCUGGCUUCCCUGUCCACCUUCCAGCAGAUGUGGAUCUCCAAGCAGGAGUACGACGAGUCCGGUCCUUCCAUCGUUCACAGGAAGUGUUUCUAAGCCCCGUCGUCAUCCUCAAAAAACAACCGCCUCGCACGCGUGGAUCGCGCACCGCCACUCUCCCUUCAGCCUCCCCCGAAAGAAAAACCACAAAACGCUUCACCUUCAGAAAAUCAAGACCUGCCUCACGAACCUCAGUUUAUAUUGUGUGGCAUUCGAGGAUUUUUUGUCCUGCAACUUUCGUCCUUGGACUUUGGGACGGCGUUCGGGUGUUCCUUGAUCGCCGUUGAGGUUUUGCGGCGCGCUCUGGGAGGGUCACGGGAUUUUAUGAAGCUCACAAAAAUGGGUGAAAUGCCUCAGUUACCGUGCGAUGAAGUAGAACCCGCGAGGUGAGGUUCGUUGAUACAACUGCCUGCGAAUCCUACGAUGUCCUGGGCUCCUGAAAGUCCACGAUGCGCUUUACUCAUCAAUUCAAGCUAAUUUAUUUUUGUUAGGUACUUUUGUUAUCAAUUGUUCUUUGAGAAUUUAUUAAUUUAUUUAUUAUUUAUUUGUUCAUCCUACUCGCAUUUGUCAUUGUUAAUUUUCGUCAUUAUUUUUACUUUCAAAGAAAUCGUAAUUCAUUUUUCCAAUCCA